GGGCGCAGGAUGAGAUAAAAGCCCCCUGAGCGGCUCCUCCUCAGCCCACAUCCUUGUAGCAGAGACCCUCGCCUCAGGUUCUGCUGGUCUCCUUCAGGUGCCUGUAGUGAUCACGACUUCCUGUGUGUCCAGAGGAAUCUAGUGGUCUCCAUGGGGCUGCUGAGCGGGGAUGCACUGUGGCCUGUGGCCGUGGCCCUGGCCAUCUUUCUGCUCCUGGUGGACCUGAUGCACCGGCGCCAACGCUGGGCUGUUCGCUACCCGCCAGGCCCCAUGCCAGUGCCCGGGCUGGGAAACUUGCUGCAGUUGGACUUCCAGGACCUGCCGUACUCCAUCUAUAAGUUGCGGAACCGCUUCGGGGACGUGUUCAGCCUGCAGCUGGCCUGGAACCCAGUGGUCGUUAUAAAUGGGCCAGCAGCUGUGCGGGAGGCCCUGGUGAAGCACAGCGAGGACACCGCAGACCGGCCUCCGAUGCCCAUCUACGAACACUUAGGCUUUAGACCACACACCCAAGGGAUCGCCCUGGCCCACUACGGACCCGCCUGGCGUGAGCAGCGCCGCUUCUCCGUAUCCACUCUGCGCAACUUCGGGCUGGGUAAGAAGUCGCUGGAGCAGUGGGUGACCGAGGAGGCCGCCUGCCUCUGUGCCAGCUUUGCCAAACAGGACGGACGCCCUUUUAGCCCCAGCAUCCUCCUGAACAAAGCUGUGUGCAAUGUGAUCUCCUCCCUCGUCUAUGGGCGCCGCUUUGAGUAUGAUGACCCGUUCUUGAUCAGGACAGUGGACCUGCUGGAGAUGCUUCUGAAAGAGGAAUCCAGCUUAAUGACUCAGGUACUGAACAUGUUCCCCUGGCUGCUGCACAUCCCAGGGUUAGUUGAAAAGGUUUGCUCUGGGCACAUUGCAUUGAACGCCCUCCUGGAUACACUGGUAACCGAGCACAAGACAACCUGGGACCCGGCACAGCCCCCCCGAGACCUGACCGAUUCCUUCCUGGCUCAGAUAGAGAAGGCCAAGGGGAACCCUGCGAGCAGCUUCAAUGAAGCAAACCUGUGCUCUGUGACAUCUGACCUGUUUGCUGCGGGGACAGUGACCACGUCCCGCACACUGUCCUGGGCCCUGCUCCUCAUGAUCCUACACCCGGAUGUGCAGCGCCGUGUCCACCAGGAGAUCGAUGAAGUGAUAGGGCAGGGGCGGCGCCCAGAGAUGGGGGACCAGGCCCGCAUGUCCUUCACCAACGCCGUGAUUCACGAGGUGCAGCGCUUUCGGCACAUCGGCCCAUUGGGUACACCCCACAUGACGAUCCGAGACACUGAGGUUCAGGGCUUCCUCAUCCCCAAGGGUACCACACUCAUCACCAACCUGGCUUCUGUGCUGAAUGAUGAGACCACCUGGGAGAAGCCCUACCACUUCUAUCCUGGACACUUCCUGGACGCCCAGGGCAACUUCAUCAAGCAUGAAGCCUUCAUGCCAUUCUCAGCAGGCCAUCGUGCAUGCCUCGGGGAGCCCUUGGCCCGCAUGGAGCUCUUCCUCUUCUUCACCAGCCUGCUGCAGCACUUCAGCUUCUCAGUGCCCGAGGGACAGGCGCAGCCCAGCGACUGUGGGGUCUUUGGAAUUCUCUUGAUCCCGUGCCCCUACCAACUCUCUGCUGUGUCCCGCUAAAGGGACAUCCCACACAACCAGGCAGGACCUGGCAGCACUGGGGAAUCCAGGCUCGGAUGGCCUGGGUGCUGCUUGGCCUCAUUGGAUGGUGGUCAUGCUCUAGAAGAAGGGCCCCAGACCUACCUUGAGGAUGAGGAAGCCUUGUACUGGAGUGUCACAGGAAGUCGUCGGGUGUACACUGAUAAGGGGCAUCCAUCACCAGCAUCCACCUGAAAUCUCUUCACCUGCACCAAGCACCCAACCCAGCCCCAGCUGGGGACCUGCAUGCACAAUAAACCAGGCUUGUGGCCAUUGCUUGAUAA